AAAAUUAGUUUGUUGUCCUCUUCAUAGAAGUUUCGAAUUUUAAGUGCCCUUGGAAAAAAAUUGGGAAGUUUAACAGUAGUUUUGUUUCUAUUAAGAUUCAGAUAUGUUAGUUCGAUCUGGAUCGCGACUUAUUCCAAACUUCUCAUCAUUUAAAGGUGUACGAACCUUAAAUUGCGGUUCGCAGCUGACAAAAGUGAACUAUGAUGCUAAUAUUAAAGACCAAAGAAGAUUCUCAGCCAAAGCACAGGCAAAAACAAAAGAAACAAAACUUGUUCAGCAAAUGAAAAGCAGAAUCUCUGCUACUGGUCCAGUAACUGUUGCAGAAUACAUGAAAGAAGUGUGCAUCAAUCCAAUGUCUGGAUAUUACAUGCAUCGGGAUGUCAUCGGCAGCUCCGGAGUUAUCAAAUCUCCUGAAAUUUUCCAGCUGUUUGGAGAUGUUAUUGCUGAGUGGUGCUUAAAUGAAUGGAUCAGAGCCGGGAAACCAAAACCAUGGUAUAUAGUAGAAAUAGGACCAAACAGAGGUGCAUUAUCAGAUGAACUGUUAAGGGUAUUUUCUCAAAAUAAUGAUGCGAGGGAAGUUGUUUCCUUGCAUCUUGUUGAAGUCAGCCCUCAUUUGAGCCAGCUUCAGGAGCUGAAACUUUGUGGUACAGUUAGCGUCGUGAAAGAUGUGUUGGAAGCUGAUGACUCGAGGCGACAUUUGCAUUUGCACACAAACCAUGACAAUGAUGAGAUGAUGUACAAACAUAAUAUUACUAAACAUGGUGUUCCUGUUUCAUGGUAUCGCAAUCUGGAGGAUGUGCCAGAGGGAUUUUCAUGCGUAGUCGCAUAUGAGUUGUUUGAUGCUUUUCCAAUCCACAAACUUCAGAAAACAAAUGAAGGCUGGAGGGAAGUGCUGAUCGACUUAGACGAGGGACCGGGUGAACAUCAUCUGCGUUACGUUCUUUCACGUGGGCCGACGCCGGCCAGUCAGUUUUUCAUAGACGCUGGCGAAACAAGAACUAGUUUAGAAGUGAGUCCUGAGAGUGGAGUAUUAAUUCAAGAAAUUGCAGCAAGAAUUGAAAAGGAAGGUGGCUACUCAUUAUUGAUAGAUUAUGGCCAUGAUGGAACGAAAACAGACACAUUUAGGGCCUUUAGAAGACAUGAAUUGCACGAUCCCUUGAGUGAACCUGGAACUGCAGAUCUAACAGCUGAUGUAGAUUUUUCAUAUUUAAAAAAGAUGGUUCAGGGAAAAGCUUUAACAUAUGGUCCAGUAACACAACAAGAAUUCCUUACAAAUAUGGAUAUAAAGACAAAAUUUGAGAAAAUUUUAUCAGCAGCAAAACCAGAAAUACACAAAGAUUUAAUAUUUAGCUAUGACAUGCUUCUUGGACCUGAGCACAUGGGUGAAAGGUUCAAGUUUCUUGGUCUGUUUCCCUUGGACAUGUCUGAUACUUUACAGAGAGAUCCACCUUCAGGUUUUACAAAAAAAUGAUCUUACAAAAGCUAUAUCAAAGUUAAGAUUUUGAUAAUAAUUAAAUCAGUGCUAUUUUGUAUAUUUAGUCAGAGCAGGUAUUCAGACUGUCAAAAAGCAAUCAUUUUAUAUUAUUUUGUAGGUGAAUGCAUAUGACUUUGUUGCCAUUUAGAUGUAACAUUAAUUGCACUUGUAAAGAAUAUAGACUAUGUAAAAAUAAAUAUUUUUUUGAUUCUUUU